UAGAUGAACAUUGUGCGAUCAGUUUCCGCUUCGUUGUUUUCCAAAGGUGGAUAAGUAAAUAUGGAAUAUGAAAGAAAAGGAGUUACUAUAAUUUGGCUGGUAAAAAAUUUCAAAUAUCUUCACCAACUAGACAUGAAGCUGUACAGUCCUGUGAUUGCCUUGGAUGUUAUGGAUGCAACGAGGUGGAAAUUGGGAGUUCUUCGAGUAUGUACCUCCGAUAUUGAGUUGACUAUCAAAAGAGACAUAGAUGAUAAUGGUCCGGAAGUAUAUGGAUUGCAUUAUGCAUUUUCAAUUAAGACAAAUAAUGAAACAUUUUCAACCGACAGAAAAGCGUAUACUUACUUAUUUCAAAAGAAUGAAAGUUGUCCUAAGAUAACAGCGACCAAUCGAAAUAUAUCUUCCAUUCCUGGCCAUGUUGCAAUCAAAUGCAAACUGUGGAAAGAGACAGGAUCCAUAGAGACGCCUUGCAAUUUCUUUAUUCAAACUCGAAUGAUGGCAAAACGUUGGAAAUCUGUAGUAAAUGUUGAAAAUUUUAUCGAUUUCCCUGUGAGCCAAAGAACAGUUUGGAAUAUAAUAUCGUCAGAUUCGAAUGAAAAAUUGGCGAAAGUUGUCUUCUCACUUAAUCGGUCUCGUUUAAGGUUCGAAAUUAUUUCUAUAAAUAAUCAAACUAAAGAAGCUUUCGACUUGAAAUUGUGCCUUUUAGAUUACUCAGGUAAAAGGAAUGUGAUAUUAAAACGCGAAUUUACAUCGAAAUCAAGCAGAAUAUGUAUCUUGCCUAAUGUGACAAAAAACUUUCUAAUAGAAAAUGCAGCCAAGUAUCUAAUGAAUGACACUCUUUCCUUUGAUCUUGAAAUUGCACUUUGCUCUGGAAUAGAAUAUGAGGAAAUCAAAAAAAUUGAAUAUGAAGCAGAUGAUUCUGCUGCUGAAGUAAAACGAACACAUCUAACAAACGCAGUAGAGUUUUCGAUUUCACAGGAGGGCAUUCUUUGCGACACGAAACUGCAGACGGCAACCGAGACAUUUCCAGCUCACACUGAUAUCUUGAGUGCCAAGUCUCCUGUAUUCCAAGCUAUGUUUAACACCAACAUGAAGGAGACUAUUCUGAAAUGCGUCCGCAUCGAUGACGUGGACGCAGAGACCGUGAAACGCAUGCUUAUAUUCUUGUAUUCCGAAACUUUGGAAAAAUUAAAUUGGAAGGACGGAAUGAAAUUGUAUAUCGCAGCGGACAAAUAUCAAAUUCCUACCCUAAAGAGAAAAUGUACUGGACUCCUAAAAGAAAAACUAGAUCUGACAAAUUGUUGUGUCUUAUUGCAUCUGGCUGAUAUGCAUCAAGAUGAAGAACUGAAGAGAUCUGUACAUGAUUACAUAGCUGAUUGUGAUAAACAGGUGCUUUAUUGUGAUCAGUGGAGAGAUGUGGAGAAGAAUUAUCCCCAUUUGGCAAUUGAUUACUUCCGUUACCGAUACCUGUAAAGGAAGUUGCUCAUAUUGUAAUUACAAUAUUUAAAAUAAAACUAUUGAGUCUUAUUACUUUUGGCUGAUAUAUAUCAAGAUGAAGAACUGAAGAGAUCUGUACAUGAUUACAUAGCUGAUUGUGAUAAGCAAUUACAUUAUUGUGAUCAGUGGACAGAUGUGGAGAAGAAUUAUCCCCAUUUGGCAAUUGAUUACUUCCGUUACCGAUACCUGUAAAGGAAGUUGCUCAGAUUGUAAUUACAAUAUUUAAAAUAAAACUAUUGAGUCUUAUUACUUUUGGCUGAUAUAUAUCAAGAUGAAGAACUGAAGAGAUCUGUACAUGAUUACAUAGCUGAUUGUGAUAAGCAAGCACAUUAGGUGAUCAGUGGAGAGAUGUGGAGAAGAAUUAUCCCCAUUUGGCAAUUGAUUACUUCCGUUACCGAUACCUGUAAAGGAAGUUGCUCAGAUUGUAAUUACAAUAUUUAAAAUAAAACUAUUGAGUCUUAUUACUUUUGGCUGAUAUAUAUCAAGAUGAAGAACUGAAGAGAUCUGUACAUGAUUACAUAGCUGAUUGUGAUAAGCAAUUACAUUAUUGUGAUCAGUGGACAGAUGUGGAGAAGAAUUAUCCCCAUUUGGCAAUUGAUUACUUCCGUUACCGAUACCUGUAAAGGAAGUUGUUCAUAUUGUAAUUACAAUAUUUAUAGUAAAAACUAUUGAGUCUUAUUACUUUUGGAUGAUAUAUAUCAAGAUGAAGAACUGAACAGAUCUGUACAUGAUUACAUAGCUGAUUGUGAUAAGCAAGUACAUUAUGGUGAUCAGUGGAGAGAUGUGGAGAAUUAUCCCCAUUUGGCAUUUGAUUACUUCCGUUACCGGUACCUGUAAAGGAAGUUGCUCAUAUUGUAAUUACAAUAUUCAUAUAAUUGGCAUUCUGGCCAGAUGAAACGUCACCCGUUACCCCACACAUAGUUAAACUCCUACGGACCGCCAGAUAGGGAUCCUCUUCACCAGUAGUCAUUGUGUCUGGCCAUUUG